UAUUAAUAUAUCCAAAUCCUUGAAAUAACUUACAGUGCAGAUGGUAAUUAAGUGGCUGUCCAGCGUUUCUGAUAGAAGAGGGGUGAUGUGUAGUUGUUUAUAACGUGUGCUGUUGGUCAAAGUUACCACACGGUGGCGCUAUAGACCGUAACACAGAAAUGCCGAGGCUCCUCCCAGAGUAAAAACAGAAUGACUGUGGAUUUUCUUUACAAAGAGACACGGGGAGAGAAGGGAGGGCAUAAUGGAGUCUCGGUCUUUAAGAAUAAGGACAUCGAAAUAGUGUUGGCUAAAAAAUUGUCACAUCUCAUCAGUCCACGUUAAAAACUCCACUGUGGGUAUAUGCUUUGUUUUUUUUCGGUGGAAUGAUGCCUUCUCCGAGUAGCAGGAGGUCUAUUGUUACAUAUCUGAUGCUGGCGCUGUUGGAUUGUUACUGGGAAGCGGUGUCUGCGCAGCUCUCAUACUCCGUCUCAGAGGAGGUAAAACCGGGGACUAAUGUCGGAAACAUCGCCAGGGAUCUAAACCUCAAUGUGCAGGAUUUUGAGUCCCGUUUGUUUCAGGUUGUUCCAGGAUCUAAGAGGAAAUACUUUGAGGUAAAUCUAAAGACCGGGUUUCUGUAUGUCAUUGAGAGGAUAGACCGAGAGGAGCUUUGUGCGGAUGAAACCAAAUGCACUGUUAGCGUAGAGGCAGUUAUAAACAACCCACUGAAGCUUUACCGCGUAGAAAUAGAAAUUAAAGAUGUGAAUGACCAUUCUCCGUCUUUUAACACCAAAUCACAAAUACUGGACAUUGCGGAGAACACCUUGCCUGGAUUUAGAUUCGCGUUGUCGGAGGCAAGCGAUGCUGAUGUGGGUAAAAACGGUGUUAGCGCGUAUAAGCUCAGUCCAAACGAAUACUUCAGUCUUGCUACACACAAAAGAGGGGAGAGCAUAUCUCCAGAGUUGGUGCUGCAGAAAGCCCUGGACCGUGAGAAAAAGCCACAUAUACAGCUCAUGUUAACUGCGGUCGACGGGGGGACUCCACCAAAUUCAGGCACAUCAGCAAUUAAAAUAAACGUACUAGAUACAAAUGAUAACGCACCAAUGUUCAGCAGCACUCUUUAUAAAGUUAAAACGUUUGAAAAUAUCCCGAUUGGUACAGCGGUCUUCACCUUAAAUGCGACUGACGCAGAUGAUGGCACAAACAGUGAAAUUGUAUAUUCUCUUCGUAGUAAGGAUCAGGACCAUAUUCUAGAUGUUUUCAAAAUUGACCCUGAAACGGGGAUUAUCUCCGUAAAAGGCAAAAUCGACUAUGAAGAGAGAAAAGCUUUUGAGAUCCGAGCAGAGGCAAGGGACAAAGGCCAGCCUCCGAUGUCUGCUCAUAGUAAAGUGCUGGUAGAAGUAAUGGAUGUAAACGACAACGCUCCUGACAUCACUGUGACGUCACUGCUCAAUACAGUGAACGAGGACGCGGAUGUAGGUACUGCCAUUGCACUUGUAUCCAUUCUAGAUAAAGACAGUGGUGCAAACGGUGAAGUGAAAUGCGAGAUAUUAAAUACGGUUCCGUUCAAAUUGGAGACAAAUUACAAAAACUAUUACUCGUUAGUGGUUGACGGACAUUUAGACAGAGAGGUAACCCCUCAGUACAAUGUAACAAUUUCAGCUACCGAUGGAGGGAGUCCUCCUCUUUCGAACAUCAGUGUUAUCACUGUUUAUGUUUCUGAUGUUAACGACAAUGCCCCACGUUUCCCAGAACAUGAAAUAAACAUUUAUGUGAAAGAAAACAGUAAAGUAGGAAGCGUUAUAAAAACAGUUACUGCAAUUGAUGCAGACGUCAGCAACAAUGGUCAGGUUAGCUACUCAUUUUUAGACAGUAAUAGUAAAUAUCUGCCCCUCCCCACAAUGGUGAACAUCAACUCAGAGACUGGAGAUAUAGUCAGCCUGCAGUCUUUUAACUACGAGGAGUUAAAAACGUUUCAGUUUAAAGUUCAGGCCACAGACUCUGGUGUUCCUCCGCUCAGCAGCAACGUGACUGUAAAGUCUGAGUUCUGGUAA